UGCCGCCGCUCACGCCCGCUACCCUGCCACCGCCGGACGUGCCGCCGCUGCCGCUGCCGCCCGGCGACGGCCGAGACAUGGUAAAGGUGGAGAAGGUCGAUAUCGCCGACGACGACGACGAUGUGAGCCUGGAGGCCGCGCUCGGACAGGUGGUCAACUACGAGGGCAGCUACGACUCGGACCAGUCGAUGAGCGGCCUGCUGCAGGCCGACCUCAGUCAAGGCAGCAGCGGCCUCCUCCCGGGCACCUCGGACGGAGGAGCUGGCUCAGUGGCGACGUUGCGGGACGGUCAGCUGGUGUGGCCCUGUGACCAGUGCGACAAGGCGUUUACGCUGCGCGAGUCGCUGACGCGACACCGCGCCGUGCACCGCGGCGAGACGCGCUGCCCCAUCUGCAGCAAGGUGUUCAGCACCAAGUUCAACCUGCAGAUGCACCUGCGCUGCGUGCACAGCGGCUCCAAGUGGUCAGAGAUGCGUGGCGACCAGCCGUGGAGUUGUGACCAGUGCGACAAGUCGUUCUCGCUGCGCAAGUCGCUGAUCCGACACCGGGCCGUGCAUCGCGGCGAGACGUGGUGCACCCUUUGCCAGAAGGUGUUCAGCACCAAGUUCAACUUGCAGGCGCACGAACGGUUCGUGCACAGCAGCGCGCACUAGGUCAGCGCGCGCGGCUCGUGGUGCUGACGAUGGACCAUGGCGAUAGUCCCCGUGGCGAAGAGGGUCGCCUCCAAAUGAUCUCGCGUGAUGCGGAGCGCCGAUGGAACGCAGCCUUCAGAUGGUCUCGCUUGACAUUAUGCGGUUGCUCGUCUGUCUGGUGCGGUGGCAGGUAUUGUUGUGAGGUCGGAGAUGACAAAGCCAGAUCGUGAUGGAUUUGGCAGGGGCCCUUGUCGGCAGUUGAAACUAUGUGUGAUGCGUUGUUCAUGGUGCAGAUACCACGCGCUAUUUGAACUCAGUGCUUUGGUGGAUUGGCUGGGAGUGAAGGUUAAAGGGGGUGUCCCACCUUUUUAUACUUUUGAUUUAUUGUUACACCGGACGCGUACGAUUUGAUUAGCAGUGCUAGUUUUCUCGAAAUCCUUCUGAAUGGCUCAGAAUUCCGAUUUGAUGUAGCCGAUCCUGAGGGAGAAAUCUCACUUGACUCCCCGCUCACCACUGUGAAAGUCGUACGUUUCAUUUGCGUUGCUUUCCCAAUGUGUGUGUUCUGUGAUGUUUGCAACAUUUUGAAGUGUUAAAAUGUUUGGUAAUAAAUGCUACGAAAGCGUGAAACACUGUUUAGCCAAGAAGAUAUGCGAGCAAGAAGCUGUUAUGCCGCGAAUUCAGCGAAACAUAUUUUAUCGCUUUGAUUUCUCCCCGUCUGUGAAGUUUAUCACAGUAUCAGUUUUCGAGGCGCACUUUGGCUUUGGGAAUGUGAGUAUCACAAUAUCCAUGUGACGCACUGGCUCAAGCUUCAGCCGACCAACUUCUCGGUAGCAAGUCCUUACCCGCUAUGCUAAUUACAUUUUUUUCCAUUUGCACCAGUGGAGAUGCGCACGUUGGUUGUCAUGCCGACGAUGAUAGCGACUGUAAGAAGCGUAGUGCUGUUACAAGGCGUUGACAGCAUAGUUCGAACUCGAAAAUGAAUAAAAUCCA